AUGGGUCUGACAGGCACCUCCCAGACCUGGGCAGCCAAGCUACUACGCGGCGUCGGCCGCGCGGCAAUGGGCACCCUCACGCGCUCGCACCCCGACGAAACGGCGAAAUGGCCGUCGCGCGACGCGGGGCGCACGAUCAAGGUGCACAUCUACCGGCCGUCCCCGGACACCCAGCCCACGACACCCGGCCCCAGCCCCGUGCUGAUCAGCAUGUGCGGCAGCGGGUUCAUCCUGGCCGGCCACGGCACGGACGACGAGUACUGCCGGUUCAUCGCCACGCACACGGGGUACACGGUGGUGGACGUGCAGUACCGGCUGGCGCCGGAGCACCCGUUCCCGGCGGCGUUCCACGACGUGGAGGACGUGAUCCAGCACAUCCAGCAGGACCCGGCGACCUACGACGUGGGCCGCGUGGCGCUCUCCGGCUUCAGCGCGGGGGCCAACCUGGCGCUGGCCGUGUCGGCGGUGCGUGACUUCCCGCCGGAGGCGACCAUCUACGCGACGAUCGCCUUCUACCCCUCGUGCGACCUGGCCGAGGACUUCGCUGACAAGUCCGCGCCGGACGACGGCACCCGCCUCAAGAUGCCCGCCGGCCUGUCGCGGUUUUUUCAUCGGUGCUACUUCCCGGACGGGGACGGCGAUGCCGACGACCCCCGCAUCUCGCCGGCGUUCGCGGCCCCCGACCGCUUUCCCCGCAACCUGGCCGCCAUCACCGCCGCGCAGGAUCCUUACGCGCCGGAGAUGGAGCGCAUCGCGGCCGCGGUCGAGGCGUUGCCCGGCCGGAAUGUCGUGCUCAAGCGCAUGGAGCACUGUCCGCAUGGGUGGGACAAGCGGGCCAAGGAGGGGACGGUGGGGGCGGCGGCCAAGCAGGAGGCGUACGAGCUGGUGGCGCAGUUCUUGAAUUCGAUAUGA